UUUAUUGCUUUUGUUGGAGCUGCAGAUAGAGCAGUGGGGAAUGAAGAGGCUCAUGAUCAGUGAUGAGUCUUAAAUGCAUGCACUAAAGGUUGUAGUCGAACGCGAGUCCCCAAGCACGUUAAUGCUGACAUAACGAAAAAGCAACUUAACAAAAGUGUUUAAUACAAUAAAAUAAUGCAAAACGCAUGAAAGGGUGGGUUUGAUUUAUGAACCUCAUCUUUUUCCCACCCCUUCAAACUUAUUACUAUCUUUCCGCGUUUUGAGGUAGAGACUUUGGUCUCAUGAACCUGCAGUGACUAGAACCUGCUUCUUUGCCUCCUUUCAAGAAGGGUUUACACUAUAGUUAGUUUGUAGUGUAGUGUGUGAUAAUAGUAACUUCACUUCAAGGACAUUAUCCACUUGAGGUUUGUUUGUAACUGAUAAGCAGUAAUUGAAAACAUGAAGAAGGUUUCUGGCUUCUUUGUUUUGCUCUUGGUAGUUGGAGCAACUCUGUCGUUCCUUAACUUCUUAAGUCCCACUUGUGCCUCAUGGUUUUCUGAUUUGAUUGCUACCAACUGUGGUGAUAAAGCUACACUGAUUGCAGUAAGCAGGAAACUUAAGGAAAGUGACAGUAGUACUAUUAAAAGCAGAUCUAACAAUAAGGGUGAUAUAGGUCAGGUGACUCUGAAUGAUUACAAUCCCAUUGAUCCAGUGCCAAGUUCAUCAAAGGCGUCUAUUAAUCCAGGACCUAUUGAGCAUGGAACCCCUCUUAAUCCAUAUAUUGUCCCAAAACCUUCACCCCCUAAUCAUCCUAAGCCUGGAGAUUCUAACUAACUUGAUGUUCAAGCUAGUGACUAUGCUCAAAAGAGGAAUGCUAUUCAUACACUCUUUUUAACAUAUUUCCUAUUAUGGGCAACAAGAAAUUGUUCAAAAGUGUGUGUUGGUAGUAGUACUUUUUUUGGUAGCAUUCCUCAUGCUGAAAAUGAAGAUUGUGGACUUCAGUUUUCACACGUUGUUUAGUCAGCUUUUUUGUACAUUGUUAUGCUCGUAUUCUGUUUGACAGACUCUAAUCCUAGUUUUCUCAUGUGCUAGUUGUGAAAAAGAGAAAAUUGUGCCUUUUGGCAUCCUAUGUAGUGGCCAAUGUACGUACUAAGAAGGAUCAUGCGGAUCCCUAUGUUUGUUAGUUUGUGUUUGUGCAACUUUUCAGCUAAUGUUUCUUUUUUUCUUCUCUCUU